AUGAAAGAUGAGGCAAUUAAUGGUGUGAAACGGUACUUCAAUAGGAAUUGGAACAGAGAUGAUGUGAUGAAUAUGGAUGAAAUUUCCGACGAAGUUCACUCAACCUUGAAGAUGGUAUAUCUUAGUCUCUUCUGUGCCAUGGUGAGCAUUACUUGUGGAUCCACUUUGCAAUGGAUCUUGAUAGCUGCGGGGAAAUACUCAGUCCUUUAUUAUGUAGCAAAUUUAAUCUUGCUUUACCUUACUCCACCAGAGAGAGUGAACAUGAGGAUCGUAACCUCGAUGUUGGCUGCCUAUUCAUUUGGUUCUUCUGUUGGCUUCAUUUUCAAUCUUCUCUUCAAAGUCGAGCAACAGUUUGUUCUUAGACUUUUGGUUGGUAUAACAAUUGGCAUUGGAAAUUUGUUGUAUCAAGCCAUCAAAACAAAGGAUAGGAGGGAAAUCUACACCGGUUACCUGAAAUAUUGCGUUGUUAUCAGGGGUGGAUUUACAUUGAACCAAGGGGGCUAUGAUUCAUUUGCAACAUUACCAAGGAAGGCUAAAGGCAUAAUUAUCUUUUAG